AUCCAGUACCGGUUAGACUGCCAUCAUGGAGAUCAGCAAGAAUAGUAAAAGUGGUAUCCAUGGCUCUGGGACGUUGGCCAAGUGGCGGCGACGCUCCCUCAUACCAUCUACCUGGGAAACCUCUGUUCGUUUCGUUAAUGUGAACGAGUCUGCGGCAGCUGGUAGUGCGCUGGCCCAGGCCUUUGCGACCGAUGCCAUGAGUCAGUAUGUACUCGACGGUGACGACAUGGCAGAUUAUUCGGAUGAACAAAAGUGGAAGCUUCAUGUCGACUAUAUGACCUAUAUGGUUGCAGCGCACUGCUACAAGGGAAUGGUGACAACCAUCGGGUCGGACUAUGAUGCUGUAGCCCUUUGGCUUGCUCCGGGUCAGCAGAUGGACGACUGGUGGACUAGCCUUCGCAGUGGUAUGUGGAAGCUAUACUAUCAACUGUCAGCUGAAGGACGGAGACGAUACUACAAUGAGAUGAUCCCUGUUCUGGACCAGACCAAGGAAGAGGUCAUGGGCGAAAGGAACCAGGAUUGCUAUUAUCUCGUCUAUAUCGGUACCAAGCCUAAUGCCCAAGGCAGAGGUUAUGCCGGAAAACUGAUCCGCGAUAUGGUCGCCAAGGCCGAUGCCGAACAGCGUCCCAUGUAUCUCGAGUCCAGCACCGAACAUAACAACGGCUACUACGCCAAGUUCGGUUUCGAGGUCAAACGUGACGUCGUCUUUGAGGGAGGCUCCGAGCCCAUCACGAUGUGGAUCAUGGUUCGCGAGCCUCAGAAGACUCGCCCCGCUUGCAGCUCUGUUAUCGUUUCUGCCGUCAGCAACGCAGUCAAGUUCUAG